UGUUUCAGACAAUUGCACCGUGUUAGGAACACAUAAUGCCUCUGAGAUAUUUCUGAAGCAUUUGAUCAAGCGUAAAAAGGUUGAACUCAUCGAAAUGAUGAUGCAUUAGUGGGAGGAAUGGAUUCGAUGUAAGGUGUUUAAAGUUUUUAUGUCAGAUUUGUUAUUAGUUUGCCUCAUUUAGCAAAGCUCCAGUGACCUGUUAAACGGGGGCGAGGGGGCGGGCAGCGGGGACAAUUUGUGGUAAAUUAUGCAAUUAUUUCUAACAAUGUGCCACAGAGGACAGCGAGUCUAUAGCAGACCAGAGCUGAAGGAGGACUCUUCUCUCAUUUUGCUUGUCUUAUUUUUCUUUGAAGAAGAUCUAAGGUGUGAAGAUGCCAGAGAUGGAAGAGCGAGAGGAAUUGGCUAAAAUGAUCGGAGAGUGGAACAACAACAGACUGGACCUGUUUGAGAUCAGCCAACCUGAUCAGAAUCUGGAGUUUCACGGUGUGAUCCGCUUCUACUUUGAGGACCAUACAGAGGGAAACGUCGCCACUAAAUGUCUGCGUGUUUGCAGCAACUCUCCAACUCGAGAGAUUGUUAAUAUGCUUUCAGAGAAAUUCAGGCCAGAUAUAAAAAUGUGGUCGAGUUGUUAUUCUCUGUAUGAAAUCCACACAAAUAAAGAGCGUAAAUUGGAUCUGGAUGAAAAACCUUUGAUGGUACAACUGAGCUGGAACUCCAAUAACCGAGAAGGACGUUUUGUGCUCAAAAAGGAACCAGACAGUUUAGAGGAAAGCUGUAACGAGAGGGAGAAGGGAGGCGUUCUCCAAACCUUUCGGAGGACUUUGUCAAGAAAAGGAAAGAAGAAAGAGAAACCCCUUUCAACUGGAAACAUGUCAGAGGACGAGAGCAGAUCGGCUGAUCUGCUUUGGGAAGCAAAGGAACAGAGUCAGAUUCUGGAGGCGUUGUCUGGAUUACCAGUCAGAAUUCAGAUCAGUGGUAACGCUGAGGAGGCCUUCCUGUCAGCAGUCAUAAAUGACACCAACAGCUCCACCGUACAUUUUAAUCUCUCACCUGCGUACAUCCUGUACGCAGUGAGCAGGUUUGUUCUGCAGCACCAGCUCAAUGGAAGUCCUCCAUCUACGGGGAACCCACACCCUGUGACAUCCAUCACAAGCAAAAUGGUGGCCAUGACAGGGAAGGUUAUCCAGAGGCAGCAGGCGAUGGCGGGUGCUCUUGCUUUCUGGAUGGCCAACUGUUCAGAGUUGCUGAACUUCUUUAAACACGACAAAGACCUCAACCUGCUCACUCAGCAGAGUCAGCUGGACCUGUCCCACCAGGUGCACACGGCCUACAGCUUCCUGCUUCAAUGCUUCCACAAUGAGCUACGAAAACAUCUACCAACUUUCCUGAUGGAUCCAGAGCAGCAUGGCACCCUCCCACCUGGUAUAGAAAUGGUUUUGAACUCCUUGAUGAAUGCCAUGUCCUUGUUGCGCCGCUGUCGGGUCAACCCUGCCCUCAGCAUCCAGCUCUUCUCCCAGCUCUUCCAUUUCAUCAGUGCCUGGCUGUUUAACCAGCUCAUGGACCCAGAAAGCAGCACUCCAGGCCUGCGCUCCCACUACUGGGGGUCCACUCUGUGUCAGAGGCUUGCACCCAUUGACGCCUGGGCGGAGAGGCAGGGCCUGGAGCUGGCGGCUGACUGUCACCUGGGACACAUCAAACAAGCAACCACACUUCUGACCAUGAAUAAGUACUCGAUGCAGAACGCCAAGGACAUCCAGAGCACCUGUUUCAAGUUGAACUCGCUGCAGAUGCGGGUGUUGCUGACUGACUACCUCUAUGCAUCCAAUGAGCCUCUCAUCCCCCCUGACUUGAUUGAUGUUGUGGUAAGAGCUGCUGAGGCCUCUGCGGAUAACCUGAUUCGGGGUGAAGGAUGGGACAUCCAUCUGGAGGAGAGCUUCUUCCUGCACCUGCCUUUCUUGCUGCCAGAGGGUGGAUACUCUUGCAACGCCAUGAGAGGAAUCCCUCAAGGGUUUUAUGAGUUUAUGGAGCCGAUUUGUCAGAAAGGUAUCUGUUCACUGGCGUUUCAGCCAGAGUCUGGAGGUGACUGGACGGUGUACUUCAGUGAGUUUGCACAUUCUGACCAGGACACAUACUUGCCAGCAGCACACACCCAGCCAGAGAUUGAAACCAUCACUUUACACAAACCUCUGAACAGUGGGAUGGGGAUUAGCAUCGUAGCUGCCAAGGCAGCAGGCCAGGAUUACCUGGGGAUCUAUAUUAAAUCCGUUGUCAAGGGAGGACCAGCUGACGUGAGUGGGAGGUUAGCAGCAGGAGAUCAGCUGCUCAGAGUGGACGGUCACAGCCUGGUUGGACUCAGCCAAGAAAGGGCAGCAGCAAUCAUGAUGCAAACGGGGCCUGCUGUGGCCUUACAAGUUGCAAAGUUUGGAGCGAGCUAUCAUGGUCUCCGGGGACUUCUGAGUGGACCAACUACUAAAAAUACCACAGAAGGUGGUGGGGGUGGAGACAAGCUGAACAGUAAACGGUCCAUGCUGUACUGUGGUGUGAAUCUUGGCCCUUCAGAGCGGCCCCACGAAGGCAGCAAAAGUAAGAAGGAGCAGGUGAUGCAGAGAAACAGACAACUGUACCGCUCCAACCCCAACAUGACCUUGGAUUGUCGCCCAGAGGAGGGAGAAGAGUCUACCGACCCUGAUGUGAAAGGAAACUAUUCCGUCUCUGGUAGCAACCUGAUGUGCACAGAUACGUAUCACAGGGAAUAUUUAACCCUUCCGAACCCUAAAUCUAAGCCUGUUUCUGAACGGAGCCGACCACAGCAAACCUUCAGAACGUUUGUGAGUCCUUCAAAUGGACCGAGCUCUGCUAAAAGAACCUUAAUGCGGCAAGCCCAGUCACAGGAGGAUGUGUGUAUGAACAGUGGAGGCCCCCUGCUGGACCAAAACCAGAACACACGGACCCAGAGGGACCAGAUUUUAAAGCAACCACUGAGCCUUUACUCAUCUUUCCCAAUUCGCUCAAGUGUUUCUGCUCAUGACAUUCUCUCCAGUCACAACAAGCAGGACAGCUGCAACAGUUCAGCUGGAGUUUGGAGAACUCCCUUUAAGCAUCAGUCAGCAGUUACACCUUCAAUCCAGCCCAAACGCAUCGACAUUCCCAUCACCAGAGCAGCAAAUCCUCCUCUCACUACCUUCCAGAGCUCUUCAGCGAGGAUGGGCCAGACCGUUAAAGUCAGCAGACCCAAACAAAGUCCUCAAUACCAAGAAAGUCCAACGUCUGCAACCAAGAAGCAGCCUCUGCCUCCAAUUUUGUGGCAGCAGCAUCGAUCAGCUGCAAGCGGAGAAAAGGCAGAAAAACCCCAAGUGAGCAUCCCUCCGACCAAGCACGUUUCCUUCAAAGAGCUGCCUUCUCAGCAAAAGAUCACGAGUCCCAGGAAGCAAGUGUGUGAUCCCUGGAAGAGGGAGGCCCAGGAGAAACUGGAGAAGGAGCAGCACGUUCAGGCCGUGGAGCUUCUGGAGAAGGAGGUGCAGCGGCUUCGAGCUAAAGAGAGACUGACAGCGGAGGAGAACGACAGACUCCGAAGGCUCAACCUGGAGUGGCAGUUUCAGAAGAGGCUGCAGGAGGUUCAGAGUAGAGGAGAGGAGGAAGAAGAUGAAGAUUUGGAUAUGAUGGUGAUCCAGGAAAAGAGCAGCUCUGGAGGAGGGGACAACUGGGAACAAAAAGAAGGAAAGAAGGCAGAGGUUAACCUCUUCCACGAAGAAGACAAAGCAAAGAUUGAACAAAAAGCAAAACUGAAGUACGAAAUGAUGACAGCAGAAGGAAACCAGGACGAGAAAAUCCGGAGUGUGUUUGCUCCGGAACGGCUCUCGUUCAGAGAGCGUCAGCGUCUCUUUACUCUGGAGUCAAGUGCUUAACAGAAACCUCAGCAACUCUCUG